AAGGCAGACUUUCACUUUGCAUAGUUAUCGAGAUUGUUCGGCUCUCGUUGAAGCUUCCCACCUGAAAAUUUCACGAAAACACAUCGUAAACCUUUGCGUUUAAAGCAACGUUUGAUUGUCUGUAAGCGGCUAAAUGAAUCAUAUCGACGGGUUCGGCCUUCUCGAUUCACAAUUAACCAGAAAACAAACCGUAAACAACACAGCAAGCUAACUCUGAGCAACAAUGUUCAGAAAUCACAAGUUAGCCUGAGCUCACUGUCAACUCUGGACCCUGACCUCCUGCACAGGUCUCUAGCAGCCUACCUUGUUUUAGACCUCACACUAUGGAGCGGUCUGCCCUCAAACAGAGCCAGCUGUGCGGCUCAUGGGAGAUGAAGGAGAGACUUGGAACGGGAGGAUUUGGGCAUGUCUACCUGUACCAGCACCUUGAGGCGGGAGAGAAGAUUGCUGUGAAACUUUGCCGCUUGGAGCUGAACUCAAAGAAUAAAGACCGCUGGAGCAGAGAGAUCCAGAUCAUGAAGAAGCUGAACCAUGUGAAUGUGGUCCAGGCCAGAGAGGUGCCAGAGGAGUUGAGCGCCAUUGCUUUGAAUGACUUACCUCUUUUGGCCAUGGAGUACUGCUCAAGAGGAGACCUACGCAAGAUGUUGAAUAAACCAGAAAACUGUUGUGGGCUAAAAGAAAGUGAAGUCCUCUUGCUGCUCAGUGACAUCGGAUCGGGUAUUCAGUAUUUGCAUGAGAAUAAGAUUAUUCACAGAGACUUAAAACCUGAGAACAUUGUUCUGCAGGAAGUUGGUGGGAAGCUUCUCCAUAAAAUCAUAGAUCUGGGUUAUGCAAAAGACCUAGAUCAGGGCAGUCUUUGUACAUCCUUUGUAGGAACUCUGCAGUAUCUGGCUCCAGAGUUGUUUGAGAGUAAACCCUACACCGUGAGUGUAGACUACUGGAGCUUUGGGACGGUGAUCUUUGAAUGCACAUGUGGCUUUCGCCCGUUUCUGCACCACAUGCAGCCUGUACAGUGGACAAGUAAAGUGAAGAACAAAGGUCCCAAAGACAUCAUGGCAGUCGAGGAUAUGAAUGGAGAAGUCAGAUUCUCAACACGUCUGCCUUAUCCAAACAAUAUCAGCAGGCCGCUGCUUGAACCUGUAGAGUCUCUACUUCAGAUGUUGUUACUGUGGGACCCUGCAGCCCGCGGUGGAGGGCAGGAUCCUGACACAAACAAGCCCUGCUACUACUCGGCUCUGCAGAAAAUUCUCAACAUGAAGGUGAUCCAUGUGUUGGACAUGACGUCGGCACAGGUGCACUCGCUUGUUUUGGAGCCAGAGGAGAGCUUACACUCCCUGCAGCUCCGCCUGGAGACACACACGCAGACACACAUCGCGCCGCUGAGUCAGGAGCUGCUGCUGGAGACGGGAAUCUCCCUCGACCCACGAUGGCCACCCUCACACUGUCUGCCAGAGGGGUUGCAAGGCUGGGACAGCUCCAUAGUCUUCCUGUUUGAUAAGAGCCUCACUAAAUACUCCGGACCGCUGACUGCCAGACCUCUGCCAGACAGUGUCAACUUCAUAGUGAGGGAGACGAAGACGCAGCUUCCUCUGUCUGCGCUGAGGAAAGUGUGGGGGGAGGCGGUCCACUACGUCUGCGGACUGAAAGAGGACUACAUCCGUCUGUAUCAGGGACAGCGGGCUGCCAUGUUAAGCCUGCUGCGCUACAACACCAACCUGACGCGCUUCAAGAACCUGCUGUUCUCCCAGUCGCAGCAGCUCCGAGCCAAACUGGCCUUUUUUAAGACCAGCAUCCAGCACGACCUCGAGCAGUACUCCAAGCAGAGACACAACGGCAUCUCUUCGGAAAAACUGCUGAAGACCUGGCAGGAAAAUGAAGAGAAGGCUGACGGUUUUAUGAAGGUGGCAGAUGUGGGGUACCUGGAUGAAGAGAUUGUGGCUCUACACUCUGAGAUUGUUGAGUUGCAGAGAAGCCCGUUUGCCAGGAAACAAGGGGAUGUAAUGGAGCAGCUUGAGGGAAAGGCCAUUGAACUCUACAAGCAACUGAAAGAUAAAUGCAAAAGUCCUGACCCCCCACAUGGCUACAGUGAUAGCUCGGACAUGGUGAGGACCAUCCUGCAAACAGUUCAGAACCAGGACAGAGUUCUGAAAGACCUUUACACUCAUCUGAGUACAAUUUUGGUGUGCAAGCAACGCAUCGUCGAUUUGUUCCCUAAGUUGGAGAGGGCAGUGGAGAACAUAAAAACUGCAGAGGCGGCCGUGAUGCUGAUGCAAAUGAAAAGACAGAAGGAGUUCUGGUACCUCCUGAAGAUUGCCUGUGCCCAGAACAAUUCUCCUUCACCGUCUCUAAUGCAACGACCUACUGAAAGUGAAACUGUGCACCAGUUGCUGGAUGAGAAUCAACAUUAUCUGAGUCUACUAAUGUCGCUGCUGCAAGAUGCAACCCAGGAGCUGAAGCACAGUGUCAUGGAAGAGGACUGGAGCUGGACUCAGUACGGAGCAGUGGAAGCCGAAUCCCAGACGCUUUAGAGAUCGAACAAAGGAGAGCGUUAGGAGUCAAGGAUUUAAAUGCGUUUUAAAGAAGUGCCUUAUCACAGUUACACUAUCGGAAAGCUUUGUGAUUCCAAACUGUGUUUUUCAGACAUGUAAAGCUGGAAAACAACACGACUUGGUAAGCUAUGACUGUUUAACUUGAACGUGUGUUAUUGAAUUUUAAAAAGCUAUUUCCUGCUGAAACCAAGACUUAUUUAUUUUUCUGUUAAUGUUGAUUCAAGGACAAACCCUCCUGCUGCUGAUAAUAAACUAUGCAUGUCAAUAAAUGUUUGGUCUCUGUUUAA